AUGGGUCGCCGGCAGAGCGAGUCCGAUCUCGGGCGCUUUGCAGUUCUGGUUCUUCUCCUCAUGGGUGCAAUCUCCUGCUGCAUGCUCUAUCUGUUCAUCUCUAUGGUGUUGAAACCCAACAGUGCGACAUUUGUUUCAUUUUCGGAGCUGGUUGAGAAUGUCGGUGAGGUUGGUUUGGGGGAUAAAGAGGAAGGGGAAUGUUGUAAGGGAAUUGAACAUUUGGAGAUUUGGGGUGAUGCUGUGAAAUGGGGGGCCGAGUUUAAGGUUAAUUCUUCAAAAGAUUGCUGCAUGGCUUGUAAGAAUAUGUGUGGUGAUCCAAAUGGGGUUUGUUUGUGUGAUUCUUGGGUGUUUUGUGGGAAUAGAGAGGCUUGUGGAGAUAAAUUUGGUGAGUGUUGGUUGAAAAAGCAAAAGGAUACCUUAGAUCCUGAUCGGCGAGACUCAGGGGAUCUAGUUAUGUGGACUUCUGGACAUAUCUUUGGAGAAGGAGAGGGUGUUAUUGGCUUGAAGACAGAAUAUGGAAUUCUUCGUAUACAGCUGUUUGUUGAUUGUGCCCCACAUUCUGUUUUCUACAUUCUUGAGCUGUUGCGAGAGCAUUAUUGUGGAGGUUGUCAGUUUUAUCGAGCAGAAAGCCGUGGAAGUUUUUGGGAUUCUGUAGGACAUCAUGUCCAAAAUGUGCCGUUUGGCCCCCCUUUUGGAUUAAUACAAGGAACACUCGAAGCCCACGGUGUAAUAUUCAAGGAGAUACAAAGAGAGGGUAACUACAACAUCAGAAGGGGAUCAGUAGCCUGGGUUGGUUCCGGUCCAAGUUUCUUUAUCAGCCUUAAGGAUGCCAACCAUUUUGAGUGGAAAAAAGCCUACACCGUGUUUGGUUCUGUUCUUCCUGAAGACAUGGAAAUCGCAGAGAAGAUAGCAGAGCUUCCAACCAAGCAAGAGGUCUGGAGUAACAUUGAUGUCUCUGUCUUGGAGAGACCUGUUCCUUUAAAUUUCCAAAGAAUCAAAUCAAACUCAUGACAUUGAAUCUUACCAGCAUAGACAUAAGCUCACAAAGUUCAAGUUUUUCCCUA